AUGGUUAUAUUCCUUGUUAAAAGAGGAGACGAGAAUCAAUUUCUCUAUGAGACGAAUGUUAAUAAGGCAGUGGAUGAUGUGGUUAAAGAUAUAACUGCAAUAUUCAAUGGAAGGCUUAAAGUUAAUCGUAUUUGUUACGAGAUGGAAGAGCUGCAAAAACAUGGAACGUUCCUGCCUCUUGAGAUGCAAGGGUUGACUGAAGAACAGAUAAAAGAGCUGAAACUUGAAGAUCCUUGGGCGAAGCGGUGCGCGCCUCAAGAUUACGUCGUACAAAAGGAUGAAAUGGGACGCCGCUGCGGCUUUGCACCGCCGUCUCAUUUGCAAGAAGUCUUGAAAAGGGCCAUGGAAACAGCGAAGGGGAUAAUAAGUAAAAAACGUGUUGAUCUUCGUGAAUGCCUAACGCAAAAGGACGUAGCAAGAGCACUCGACGAACUCCGAGGGGCAACGAAAAUUGUAUUUCCUGCUGGUCUUCCACCACAUGACCCGGUUCGAAUGGAGCUCGAAAACGUCGAGGAUCUAACUGGAACCCAAGCUGCUAAUGAAGUAAUAGAUCCCUCUAGAGCAUGUCUCUGGGCUUUUGGAAAGAAAUUUAUAAAUGGAAACAAGCUAAGUGACCACUUAGGCAAAAAUGACAAAACCAAGGUUACAGUAAAACUCUGUUCCAACUCUGAGGGAGCUCCUGGUAGAGAGCCGAUUAUGACUGAAGAUGAACGGAAGCAGUUGAUGCUUCAUGCAUAUAGGAAACAGGAAGAGUGGAAGAAACUAGAACAAGAUGACGAUGAUAGUUACCUAGAUUCCAAAUGGGCUGACGGAAAGGACCUCAAGAGACAGUUUCAUGGAUUGAACGAUAUCGCAUGGAAACCGGGAAUGAAGAAAUGUUAG